AUGAAGUCAGAGCGAACGAGCCGCGUGUGCAUCGUAGUGCUGGAGGAGGUGGUGGACGACGAGCCCUCCCCUCUGCAUUCCAAAAUCACACAGGACCACGUUACCCAGCAUCCAACCCCCCAGUCUGACGCUCAGGAAGAAAAGCCGUCAUUGUUAAAAGCAAUCUUUAAUGUGGAUCCGGAGGAAGUCCGCUCUCUCAUAUUCCAGAAAGAAGAUGUCAACGUUCAGGACAAUGAGAAAAGGACUCCUCUACAUGCUGCAGCAUACUUGGGAGAUGCAGAAAUAAUUGAGCUUCUCAUUUUAUCAGGAGCGAGAGUAAAUGCCAAAGAUAAUAAGUGGCUUACCCCUCUUCACCGUGCUGUUGCUUCCUGCAGUGAGGAGGCGGUUCAGGUGCUGUUGAAACACUCAGCUGACGUGAAUGCACGGGAUAAGAACUGGCAGACACCGCUGCACGUGGCUGCGUCGAACAAAGCAGUGCGCUGUGCUGAGGCUCUCGUCCCUUUACUCAGCAAUGUGAAUGUGUCAGACCGUGCAGGACGUACUGCGCUGCACCAUGCUGCCUUCAGCGGCCACCUUGAGAUGGUGAGGCUCCUGCUGUCCAGAGGAGCUAACAUUAAUGCGUUUGAUAAGAAGGACCGGAGAGCUAUUCAUUGGGCGGCGUAUAUGGGUCAUAUGGAGGUGGUGAGGUUGUUGGUAGCUCAUGGUGCUGAGGUGCUGUGCAAGGAUAAGAAGGGGUACACACCGCUCCACGCUGCAGCCUCCAGCGGGAUGAUCAGUGUGGUGAAGUACCUGCUGGAUUUGGGUGUGGAUAUCAAUGAGCCUAAUGCAUACGGAAACACUCCACUGCACGUGGCAUGUUACAACGGUCAGGAUGUGGUGGUGAACGAGCUAAUAGAAUCAGGUGCUAACGUCAACCAGGUGAACGAAAAGGGCUUUGCAGCGCUGCACUUUACUGCUGCGUCCCGCCAGGGGGCGCUGUGCUUGGAACUGCUUGUGGGCAAUGGAGCAGAUGUCAACAUAAAGAGUAAAGAUGGAAAGACACCGCUUCACAUGGCUGCCAUUCACGGCAGGUUCUCCAGAUCCCAGGCUGUUAUUAAGAGCGGUGCUGAUAUAGACUCGGUAGAUAAGAAUGGAAAUACACCUCUGCACAUAGCUGCCCGAUACGGCCAUGAACUCCUUAUUAACACCCUAAUCAGCAACGGUGCCAACAGAGUCAAACGAGGUAUCCAUGGCAUGUUUCCCCUUCACCUUGCUGCACUAAGUGGCUUUUCUGACUGCUGCAGGAAACUUCUGUCACCUGAUUUUGACAUUGAUGCUCCUGAUGACUUUGGCAGGACAUGUUUACAUGCAGCCGCAGCAGGAGGCGCUUAUUACAAUUCUUUUAAAAUUCAUAUUUUUCCCUUCCUUUCUCUCCUCUACAGAAAUCUCGACUGUUUAAAUCUGCUGCUCAACAUGGGGGCAGACUUCAACCGGAAGGACAAAUUCGGAAGGUCACCACUACAUUAUGCAGCUGCUAACUGUAAUUAUCAGUGCCUGUUUGCACUGGUGGGCUCAGGGGCCAGUGUAAAUGAAACGGACAUGAGAGGCUGCACCCCUCUGCACUACACUGCUGCUUCAGACACCGACGCAAAGUGCUUGGAGUAUUUGUUGCGCAAUGAUGCUAAUCCAGGGAUCCGGGAUAAACAGGGCUUUAACGCAGUGCAUUAUGCCUCAGCUUACGGUCACCGCCUUUGCCUAGAACUGAUUGCCAGUGAAACACCGCUGGAUGUGCUAAUGGAGACAUCUGGGACUGAGAUCCUUAAUGACACAGAUGUACAGGCUCCCCUUAGCCCUUUACACUUAGCAGCUUACCAUGGUCACCACCAGGCUUUGGAGGUGCUGGUUCAGUCUCUGUUAGACCUGGAUGUAAGGACCCUGCAAGGACACACUCCUUUGUACCUGGCUGCAUUUAAGGGCCAUGUGGAAUGUGUGGAUGUACUAAUCAACCAGGGGGCCUCUAUCCUGCUCAAAGAUUACACCCAGAAAAGAACACCCAUCCAUGCUGCAGCCGUGAACGGGCACUCGGAAUGCUUACGGUUACUUGUCAACAACGCUGGCCCACUCUCAGCUGUUGAUGUUCCGGAUGGGAAUAAACAAACUCCCCUUAUGCUGGCGGUGCUCAACGGGCAUACAGACUGUGUCUUUUUCCUGCUCAGCAAAGGAGCCAAUGUUGGGGCUGUGGACAAGUGGGGCAGGACAGCUCUGCACCGCGGGGCGGUGACUGGGCACGAGGCAUGCGUGGAGGCUUUGUUGCAACAUGGGGCAAGUGUCUGCUUGCGGGACAACAGGGGGCGCACGGCUAUGCACCUGGCAGCAGCGUGCGGCCACACUGGGGUCCUGGGGCCACUGCUGAUAGCUGCACAAUCACUAAACACAGUGCCUGUCAUCAUGGACAACUGUGGCUACACUCCGUUACACUGGGCCUGCUACAAUGGUCAUGAUACUUGUGUUGAGGCACUGUUAGAGCAGGAAGUUUUCCACAGGAUGGAUGGAAACUCGUUCAGUCCACUUCACUGUGCAGUAAUCAGUGAUAACGAAGGUUCAGCUGAGCUGCUGAUAGACACAUUGGGUCCAGCUAUUGUCAACGCUACAGACUCCAAGUCCAGAACACCAUUACAUGCUGCAGCUUACACCGACCACGUGGAGUGCUUGCAGCUGCUGCUUGGUCACAACGCGCAGGUGAACUCCAUAGAUGCUUUGGGUAAAACACCCCUCAUGAUGGCUGCUGAGAAUGGCCAGACUAAUACUGUGGAAGUACUUGUGAGUAAAGCAAAAGCAGACCUAACGCUACAGGAUGCAAACAAGAACACAGCCCUUCAUUUAGCCUGCAGCAAGGGGCAUGAAACCAGUGCCUUGUUAAUUCUGGAGAAGGUGAUGGACAGAAACCUCAUUAAUGCCACUAACUCAGCUCUGCAAACACCACUGCAUGUUGCUGCUCGUAAUGGACUUGCAGUAGUAGUGCAGGAGCUUCUAGGAAAAGGAGCCAGUGUUCUCGCUGUGGAUGAAAACGGUUACACGCCGGCCCUAGCCUGUGCCCCGAACAAAGAUGUGGCCGACUGUCUGGCUCUCAUCUUGGCCACUAUGAUGCCUUUGUCUCCUGGUAAUGCCAGCUCCAUAUCAGGCCUCACUUUUAGUGCUAUAAACCACUUUUGCAGUCCAUCCAAGGCUGUGACUUUUGACCCUUUACCCACCCUGCGCACUGAGCAUCAAUCCUACUGCAGCUUCAACAGCCUGAGCAGAGAGGAUGGCCUCAUCAUACAUGAAGAUGAACUGAACGAUUCCGAUUCGGAGACUUACUGAUAAAUGAAGGUUUAUACAAGAGCCAGAACAUUGUGUAGAGCUUCAGCAUGUUAUUACAGCAGCACUGAAUCACGUUUGAGGAUAUAAGGUGUUUUCACACUUGAAUGUUCCGGUACUGAGCCUGGUUGUUUAGUACAGUUUAGGCAGUUAUGAGCCUAAAUGCACGUGAAAGACCAAAUCCUCACAACUUGUGUGGUGCAGUGUGGGAAAAGAUUACAGGUGUGAGUGUGCAGACUAACAGCUGCUCUAUACAGAGAGGGUUAAAGAAAUCCUGUAAAAUACCCAAACAAUAAUGCUUUAAUAUUAUACUGAAAACUUGUUUUCUUUGUAUUUUAAAUCUUUAUAUUUAAACUUUUA